UUGUGCUCUCGCUCUCGUGUACGUGCUGUUUAGCGCAGCAGUGGCCGUGCGGGAAAACACGGUACACACGUAUAACGCGGUGUUAUAUAAAUAUAUAAUAUAAAUAACAUGAAACGGAGGUGAAUUUUUCGGAUACGGAUGUUGCGGUCAGCUCUACUCUUUGGACGAUCCCAGCCAUGAUCCCAAUAUAAAGAUAUCUUUUUCUUUCAUAAACAGCCUGGCCUCAGUCGGUUCACAUUUCCCCCCACAAUGAGACUGUACGCAUUUCUUCUGAAGGACCAUUUACCGAAAAUAGAAUAUUAUUCAAGGUUUUCACCGUCGCCGCUGUCAAUCAAACAGUUUCUGGAAUUCGGUAGGGAUAAUGCAUGUGAGAAGACGUCUUACAUGUUCCUGCGGAAGGAGCUGCCAGUGCGUCUGGCUAACACUAUGAGAGAGGUCAACCUGCUGCCUGACAGGCUCCUCAGUCAGCCUUCAGUCAAACUGGUGCAGAAAUGGUACAUGCAAAGUUUUUUCGAACUUCUAGAGUUUGAGAACAGGAAACCAGAAGACCCUCAACAUUUUUCUAGCUUUCUGGAGACUCUCAUUGAGAUCAGGAAUAGACACAAUGAUGUGGUCCCAACUAUGGCCCAGGGUGUAAUCGAAUAUAAAGAGAAGUUUGGUUUCGAUCCGUUCGUCAGCUCCAACAUCCAGUACUUUUUGGACCGCUUCUACACCAACCGAAUCUCCUUUCGCAUGCUCAUCAACCAGCACACUCUCCUUUUUGGCAAUGACAUCAACCCAGCCCAUCCAAAACACAUUGGCAGUAUUGAUCCCAACUGCAAUGUUACUGAAGUGGUGACUGAUGCAUAUGAGACCGCUAAGAUGGUGUGUGAGCAAUAUUAUUCAGCUGCCCCUGAACUCAAGAUAGAGGAAUUCAAUGCAAAGGCUCCUCAAAAACCCAUCCAGGCUGUGUACGUUCCCUCACACCUCUUCCACAUGCUGUUUGAACUGUUUAAGAACGCAAUGCGGGCCACCAAUGAGCUCCACGAGGGUAGUAAGGAGGGCCUUCCUCUUAUAAAAGCAAAAGUGACCCUGGGGAAGGAAGAUCUCUCUGUGAAGAUCAGUGACAGAGGAGGGGGUGUGGCUUUACGGAAGAUUGACAGGCUGUUUAACUACACCUACUCGACUGCACCAACACCCAGUCUGGACUCGAAACGAGUGCCAUUGGCUGGAUUUGGACAUGGUUUGCCGAUAUCCAGACUGUACGCCCGCUACUUUCAAGGGGACCUGAAACUGUACUCGAUGGAAGGUGUAGGGACCGAUGCCGUCAUCUACUUGAAGGCUCUCUCCAGCGAAUCAUUUGAGCGUCUGCCCGUCUUUAACAAAUCUGCUUGGCGACACUAUCAAGGAGGCCCAGGAGCGGAUGACUGGAGCAACCCGAGCAAAGAGCCCAGAGAUGCUUCAAAAUACAAGGCCAAAAGAUAAUCGCACUCAUCCCAUCCAUGUUCCACUGCACCCGUUACAGACAUACCAUCUUUAGUCUAGCCUCAGUUGCCAUGGCAACAUCACAUCGAUGCUGAGUGUUCUAUACUUGUUAGCAUUUCCAGAGCAGAAGAGCUGAUGAUGUAAGUGUCAUUAAGUCUCUGCUGUUUCCUCCUUUGUGCAGCUAUCGAUGUAAGAUACAGAACCUCCUUUUAGUGUCUUCCAUUGCAGUUAGAGGACAAAAAGUGAACGUUUGUGGCUGGGGUGUCAGAUACUUUUUUUAAUUGUGCGACACAGUAGCCUCCCUGUUGCAUUUUCUAAAACAGUCAGAGAGGGAUGCCUGGAGUUUGAGAUGGUCAAAACAAAGAGCACUUCUUUUUUUACUUUCUUUUUUCCCCAUUCACGAAUUCACAGGCACUAGAGAGAGGGUUUCUGUGGCUACAACUCCUGUUUUCUUGGCUGUGGACUAAUGGAGAAAUUAUUUGAAAAGGCUCUGAAGAAAUGAAAAAAAUUUGGUUAAACACAAAACUUAGUUAUUAAGUUUAGUUAUUUUUCACCCUAAAAUCAAAAGAAAAAUAUGAAAUUAUAUUUUGCAUAAAGAAAAUUAAUUUAUAGUACAAUUAGUCAUUUUUGCAUUAUGACAUGGCAUAAUUUAAGUUAAUGUAUUGCAUUUUAUAUUAAAUUACUUUUAAAAUAUAUCAUUAUUAAUGUAGGUAAUUAAGAAAAAUUUAUUAUUUUGAAUUAUAAAGCCUUUUUAAAUAUUAUAUUUAAUAAUUAAAAUUAUUGCAUGUAUAUAAACACAAGAUUUUUUUUUGUUAUAUAAAUGUAUUAGUAUUUAUAUUUUUAUAAUAUAUUUAUAAUUUAAGGUAUUUAAAAAAAAAUGUGUUUCAGCUAAACAAUAAUAAUUUGUGAGUUUAAUUUAUACUGAUUUUAAUUGGGUGAAAAAAAUAUUUUCAUUACUGUAUGACAGUAAUGACAAUUUGAGGGGGGAAAUGUGCAUAAUUCAUAAUGCAAACAAUUUUUACGGUCCUAAAAACAGUUUUCUUAAUGCAAAAUCAUUCUUAUUUUUCUUUUAAUGUUUUGGGUGAAAUCUGAACAGAUGUUUGCUUGUUAGAUGCACCCAAACGUUUUUUGGGAGCAGAGGAGUAUGCUGAUAAAGUGAUAUUUCCAAGCAUGGUGAAAUGCACUUUAAAACAAAUCAGUGUAGUUUCAAAUAUUAUUUAUUUAUUUAUUUGACCCCCAUUUAUUUGGUGUUUUCUCCCAAGUUGUGCAUCUGUGUAGGGCUGUGCUGAUUCUGAGCUGGGAUUCAGACUGAGUGCGAGGAGCUGUAGUACAUUACCUACAUUCAUUUAUAGGUCAGUAGAACCUCCUGCUAAUGUAAAUGGAGAGAGACAAUGGUAAACUUUGAAGAAGAAUGUACCAUUAUAGCCCAUUAUAGCAUUAGUGCUAUAAUCAAUCAUUAUUCUUUUUUUUUUUUUAUCUUAAAAAAAAAAAAAGCAGAUACUGCUUUUAUGACAUUAUAGCCCCUGCAUGGUGAUGUUUAAUAGAGUUGAUAGAAAGAUAUUUGCAUAUAGACAUUGUUGGAACAGAAAGUUUAGUUCAGCUUCAUUGAGAGAAAAUCCAGUUAGAAAUAAACUCAAAGAAGCAGCUUCAUGAAUUGGCUAACUUUCGAAUCAAAGUUUUAGCUUAAGAUUGAUUUUUAUUAUACCACUACUUCUCAGACAUUCCUUUUAAUGGAAUUAAUUUUUUCCAGAGGACAUCAUCUUAAAAUAAUUCCUAACACAGAUACUGUUUGGGACUCUUUGAGUGCAGUGAUUGUGUAAAGGGGUCUAUGAAGAUGAAAUACAGGACAGCUCGUGUGGUUUACAGGAACCAAUGCUGAACCACAAGCUUAAGUCUGCCCAGAAUAGUUUGUUGGUCUGUUACACUGUGUCCUAUCUCAAAAAUAGUGAUUCUUUUGUACGCACAAGUAUAUUUAGUCGAACCUGAAUGAUAUUUCUAUAGUCAGGUGAGUUUUGUCUAUUAUUUGAAUUUUCGCUUUUUGAAACUCCAUAAGAUGAACAUUUGUUAGUAGUUUGUUUUUACUGCAACACUCCAGGGUGAAUCUCAUGAAACCUGUCAAGAACAUGUCUAAAUCAUAUUU